UCCAAGCUCGCUUUGGUACGCGUAGUUGUGGAUCAGGGGUCAAGAGCAUGACGGUUGGUUUGGAUAAUGGGACAUAACAGUCUUCAAAAAAAUGUUGGUGGCUCCGUGUGCAUUAGCGGAUUGUACGAAAGGCAUAUUCAGAUGAAGCUUUAAUCGCGGGCCUGAGGACGGGGUUAGCUUUGCCGUUGGCUUUGCCGUCAAACCUACCUACUCUCCCAAAUUAAUCGCCCGCUUCUCUUCGUCUCAUAGCUUUAUUCUACCCCCAAUUUUUCACGCUCCAAUUUCUCACCUCAGCUCCUCUUCCCUUCUUUGGCCCGAUGCCCGCUCCAAAUCAACUGCCACGGAGAAACCUCUCCUGCUCCUAUGGAAGAUUGUGUUCUUCUUCCAAGUUUCCUAUUUCGGUCUAUUUUAAUUAUUUUCUUCUACCUCUCAAACGGAUUCAAUUCAAUUGAUUCUUCAGAUCCACGCUCACACCAGUUUGCCCGCACCGGCCAACCUCAAUGGCGGUGGAAAGUGAUUUGGCUAAGGUUAGAAGAGAGAAAAUUAAUUAAAGACUUGGGUGGUUGCUAGAAGUUGUUUCUGUUUCUGGAUGCUACAGGAUAAAAUCAUACUUCAAACUUUUGAGAACAGUUGCGGAGUUGGAAGGUGAUGGUUAUGAAGGGAAGACCGUUAGCUACAUCUUCUCGGGGUCUUCUUUAGUUGGACUCUUCAGUCUGGCUGAUAUUUGCCGAACAGGGGCAAAGGAAUCACUUGUAGAGCUUUGAUUAUUAGGUGUCAAAGCAGUAAUGCUCACUGGAGACUGCUAUUAUGCGGUUAGCCAUGUACAAGAGCAGUUAGUUGGUGCUUUGGAGGAUUUUUCAUGCAGAACUCCUUCCGGAGGGCAAGGGGAAUUUCAUCAUAGAAUUUUAAAAGGAAGCACGAGCAGGAAUGACAGGUGGUGGUCUAAAUGAUCCUCCUGCAUUACCUACUGCCGAUGUUGGCAUCUCAAUGGGUGUUUCUGGUUCGGCACUUGCCAUGGAAACGAGAAUAUCAUCCUCAUUUCAAAUGACCUUGGCUAGCAAGAAGGGUGAAAAGGAAAAUUGUUGAAAAUGUCAUUCUUUCCAUCACUAUUAAGUCUAUACUUUGGAGGUGUGCAUGACUGGGCUGAACAAGAAGAGUUCAUCUGUGUUUUUCAGGACACAAACAAACUAUGCUAUCGUUAUGAUUGGAACAUCCUGAUUCCGGAAGAUUCUCCCUGGAUCGGAUAUACGCAACUUUAAUUUUAACCCUUGUGGAUUCAGCUAUGCAAGUUUUUGAAGUGAUGGGUUACGACUUCAAAGAUGUUGUCAAGUUGGGUGAUCUCACCGAGAGGGACCAGAGGGUGUUGGCCUGCUUCCGACCUGCUGAGUUCUAUGUUGCUUUGCAUAGUGAUGCCCUUGGAGAGAAGCUUGACUCAGUUUUCAAUAUUGAUGUGAAUGGACAUGUCUAUGGGGAGAAGAGCUAUUACGUUCUUGGAAAGGGAGGAUCAAUAAUGUACUGUGGGUUCACUAGCAUUGGAAGUUGCGGAUGUGGGUAUCCCAGGUCCACCCUUCUAUGUUGUUGGAGCGAGAAUCAAGUUGUUAUCAACUCUCUUCUUAAGUACUAAGUUGUUGAGUCUGGUUUUUAUUUCCUAUCAUUUCUACUUGUUUGGAGUCUGGUGUGUUGUUGGAGCGAGAAUCAAGUUGUUAUCAACUCUCUUCUUAAGUACAAAGUUGUCGAGUCUGGUUUUUAUUUCCUAUCAUUUCUACUUGUUUGGAGUCUGGUGUGUCUGUUUUUGUUGUCCAUUUGAUUUGGUAAACUUAAGUCAAUGAAUAACUCUUGUGGCCUACAAACAAACAAAAAAUUACAAAUAGUUU